GACCCAUCUGCAGUGGGUCAUCAUUCAGCUUGAGCGUCUUGCGACCAGAGCUUCCCAGCAGAUCCAACGAACUUUAGGAGCCACUCCAACAAAUCAACAACAAUGAAACUCUUCGUCUUCGCUGUGUGCGCCAUCGCCGUGGCCUCCGCCGAUGUGUCCCACCUCAACCUGGGCAGCGGCUACAACUACAACAAGCCCACGCCGACCUUCAACAUCCCCUCGGCCCCCGCUCCGGCCUACCUGCCCCCCGCCCAGGAGGUGAUCUCCGCGCCCGCUCCCGCUCCAGUCUACUCCGCCCCGGCUCCGGCUCCCGUCUACUCCGCCCCGGCUCCGGCUCCAGUCUACUCCGCUCCUGCCCCCGCCCCAGUCUACUCUGCGCCGGCACCCGCCCCCAUUCCGGAGUACCUGCCCCCCGUCCAGGACAUCCCCGCCCCGGCUCCGGCUCCGGUCUACUCCGCUCCAGCUCCCGCUCCAGUCUACUCCGCUCCAGCUCCCGCUCCAGUCUACUCCGCUCCAGCUCCCGCUCCAGUCUACUCCGCCCCUGCUCCUGUUCCCGAGUACCUGCCCCCCGUCCAGGACAUCCCAGCUCCAGCUCCAGCUCCAGUCUACUCCGCCCCUGCUCCGGCUCCAGUGUACUCCGCCCCAGCACCCGCUCCCGUUUACUCUGCCCCAGCUCCUGCUCCCGCUCCUGAGUACCUGCCCCCUGUCCAGGACAUCCCAGCUCCUGCUCCAGUCUACUCUGCUCCUGCUCCCGCUCCAGUCUACUCCGCCCCUGCUCCCGCUCCAGUCUACUCCGCUCCAGCUCCUGCUCCUGAGUACCUGCCUCCUGUCCAGGACAUCCCAGCUCCAGCUCCCGCUCCAGUCUACUCGGCGCCCGCUCCCGCGCCAGUCUACUCUGCUCCUGCCCCCGCUCCAGUGUACUCAGCCCCAGCUCCAGCUCCCGUCGAGUCGGGCUACCAGUACAACGUGCCCGCCAAGCGGUUCCGCUUCUAGGCGGCAGGCGACAGGUGGCAAAUGGCAGGCAACAGGUGGACCAGGUAGCGCCACAGCCAUUCGCGCGGGGACCGCUUGUUAAAUUAACAAGCGCCGUCGCCCAUUGUUGUUGAAUAUUUGUUGUUACGCAAAGUUCCCGUUGAGAUUUUAGCUAAUAAAUAAACAUAUAAAGUUAUUAAAAUGUGAA